AUGGGCAGCUUGCACCCUCAGGACGAAGUUCUGCGCCGUUCCCUCGAGGAUCCCGAGGGAUUCUGGUCUCGCCAGGCCGAGCAUCUGCACUGGCACAAGAAGCCCUCGUCAACAUUAAAGGUCGCCCAGAAGACGCUCAAGGGCGGUGUGACUCACAAGACCUGGGAAUGGUUCCCAGGCGGCGAGAUCUCGACCUGUUUCAACUGCAUCGAUCGCCACGUCCAUGACGGAAAGGGCGACGCCCCGGCCAUAUUCUAUGACAGUCCCGUCACCAACACGAAGCAGACCAUCACAUACAAGCAGCUGCUUGACGAGGUUGAGGUGUUUGCCGGGGCACUGAGGGAGGAAGGAGUAAAGAAGGGCGAUGUUGUCAUGCUUUACAUGCCUAUGAUCCCCGCGGCGCUUAUCGGUAUCCUCGCCGUCAACCGUCUGGGCGCCAUUCAUGCCGUGGUCUUUGGUGGCUUCGCUCCCAACGCCCUCGCACAGCGUAUAGAGGCCUCCCAGCCCGUAGCCAUCCUGACAGCCUCGUGCGGCAUCGACGGCAACAAGCCGCCCGUGAGCUACAAACCCCUCGUCGAGGAGGCGUGUCGGAUCUCCACGCACAAGCCCAACAAGGUCGUUGUGUGGCAGCGCGAGCAAGUGCGGUGGCACCCUAUUCAGAGGAACGACGGCGAGAGGAACUGGCAGAGCAUCGUCAAGAGCUGCCGCGCAAGGGGUGUCAGGGCCGAGUGCGUGCCGGUGAAGUCGACGGAUCCGAUAUACAUCAUUCACACGUCGGGGACGACGGGGUCGCCGAAGGGGGUGGUGAGGGACGCUGCAGGGCACGCUGUGGGGCUGCAUCUUUCCAUAGGUUAUCUGUUCAACAUCCACGGCCCGGGGUGUGUGUCUUUUACAGCAUCAGAUAUUGGCUGGGUUGUCGGGCACAGCUAUAUCGCGUAUGCCCCCUUGCUAACGGGCGCCGCUACAGUCCUUUACGAAGGAAAGCCUGUAGGAACACCGUCCGCCUCUGCCUUCUGGCGCAUCGUAGAGGAGUACAAGGUCAACACCAUGUUCACGGCGCCCACGGCCCUGAGGGCCAUCAAGCGGGACGAUCCCGAUAACAAAUUCUUUAGGCAAGUAGGGGAACGGGGUGGCCUCAAAACACUCAAAGGGCUUUUCCUCGCGGGAGAGCGUUCCGAGCCAGCUAUCAUCACCAUGUACCAGGAACUCCUCAACACCCAUGGCGCAGCCGACGCCCAGGUCGUAGAUAACUGGUGGUCGACGGAAGCUGGCUCGCCCAUCACUGGGAGGGCUCUCGCGCCGUACAUUGCCAUGGACUGGAGAACGGAUGUUCGCACUUACCCCCCUCCAAAGAUCAAGCCGGGUAGCGCCGGCAAAGCGAUGCCUGGGUUUGAUGUCCGGAUCGUGGACGACGAAGGCAAGGAGGUCCCUAGGGGUACGAUGGGCAACAUUGUACUUGGGCUUCCCUUGGCUCCAACGGCGUUCAGAACUUUGUGGCUGGACGAAGAGCGGUUCUACAAAGGAUACCUGAAGCGCUUUGAUGGCAAGUGGUUAGACACGGGCGACGCAGGCUACAUUGACGCCGAGGGCUACGUCAAUGUCAUGUCCCGCAACGAUGAUGUUCUGAACGUCAGCGCCCAUCGGUUGUCGAGUGGCGGUCUUGAACAGGCCAUAACGUCGCACCCCCUCGUCGCCGAGGCCUGCGUGGUGGGCAUCCCCGACGCGCUCAAGGGUCAGCUCCCCUUCGCCUUCAUCACGCUCUCGACGCCCGAACACCCGACUUCUGCGGUGCCCAAUGCAAAGCUCGCCGACGAGAUCAACGCGCUUGUGCGCUCGCAGGUCGGCGCCAUCGCAACUCUCGGGGGACUCGUACAGGGCAAAGGCAUGAUCCCGAAGACGCGUAGCGGCAAGACGCUGCGGCGCGUGCUGAGAGAGUUGCUCGACAACGCGGUCCACGGUGAUUUCAACAAGGAGGUACAAGUGCCAAGCACGGUAGAGGAUGCUGGAGCGGUGGAUGUCGCGAGAGACAAGGUAAGAGAGUAUUGGAAGGUCAAGGGGAGCGGGCAUAAGAGCACGGAGGCCAGGGCGAGGCUGUAG